AUGUCGGGCCCGUCCAGCGACGCGCCGCCCGAGACCGAUGGCCGCCACCAUGAGCCGAUGCGCGCGGCCACCGAGUGGGACGGUAUGCUGGUCACCAAGGUCAAGGCGGCGCAAGACAUCAACAAUGCUCUGCACGUGAAUCCGCUCACGCCCUACAUGCUCACGCCGUUCAACACGCCAUACUGCGACCCGACGCUGCUCGUGCAGCGUCUCCACUUGAGCCAGCCCGAGAAUUUGCCGGCGAACCACCGCCCGUCGUCGCCACGCACCGUCAUGGCCAACGUCGCGUCGUUCCUGGACAAGUGCUUGCCGCCGAGCUGGCAGUGGUUCAAAGAGUGGCACCUUUGGCUGCUGCACAUGCUCGUACUCGCGUGCCUUUGCUGCAUGGGCAUUCCCAUCGCGUGCUUUCUCGUGCUCUGCAGUCCGAUCCUGCUCUUUGGCGCCGUGUGCACAAGCCCGUGCUGGGUCAGCCUCGGCUUCUGGUACUAUCGCGGGCCCGGUCGGAAGAAGCGCACGCGCAUCGCAUCAUAG